AAUUCCUUGAAUGCUUUUUGUUCCAUUGAUGAAGCUUCAUGGUAAGGCACAACAAAUCUACAAAACUUUUCUGUGCAGUAAGGCCGCAACACAGGUAAAUGUGGAGGGACAGUCUCGAAUCAGUGAGAGCAUGUUGGCACAACCACAUCCAUUCAUGUUUCAGAAACUGCAAGACCAGAUAUUUACUCUUAUGAAAUAUGACAGUUACAAUCGUUUUCUGAAAUCUGAUUUAUGCCAGCAAGUCAAGCAACUGGAAGAAAGUGGAAAGACUUCCCUAGAUUCUGAUGAAACUGUACCGAAGAGGGCAUCCAGGAUUUAUAAUCGAUAACUAAACUUGUGGACUAGCUUCAUAACAACUGUGUGCUUUCUUAGCUUUACUUGCUAAUGGACUGUAAUGAUGCCUAUUGGUUAAGUGUUGACUGUGUUGGAGAAAAGCAUGCAUGUAAUCUCUGUAAAUUAUGGUACUGAGUAUUCUCAGGUAGGGUACAUGUCAACACAGGGAGAAAGUGAGAACUGCAGAUGCUGGAGAUCAGAGCUGAAAAUGUGUUGCUGGAAAAGCGCAGCAGG